CGCCCCGCGGGGCGGGAGGAGCCGGCGGCGGGGCYGAGGGUCUGGGCGCCGCCCCGGGGGUGUGAGAGGGGCCGCUCCCCGCGGCGGUAGAUCGCUGGUUUUAUCUUGUUAACCUUGACUCGUGUUCCGGGAAGAAGCUUGGAGCGGUGGGAUAACGAACAGCUCCGGUGGUGUCCCCGCUUCGGGCGGGGGUCGCGGUGAGGGCCCGGCCUAAGCGCCUCCAAAAUCUGCACUGAGGUCGGGUCUAGACUCGAGAUUUAUUGAGCCAACCCCAAGCAGUGAAAAUGAAGAAUUUAUAUAUWUUUAUCGCUGUCCUGUUCAUCCCAUGGAGCUUUUCUUUGGCMAAGUAUGAUGAAUUUGAGGAUGGAGAUGACAUUAUGGAAUAUGACGAUAAUGACUUUGCUGAAUUUGAAGAUGUGAAUGAAGAUGUAGUCACAGAGUCUCCUCAGAGRAUCAUCACUACAGAAGAUGAUGAAGAAGAAGCCACUGUAGAGCUUGAAGGUCAGGAUGAAAAUCAGGAAGACUUUGAGGACACAGACACACAGGAAGGUGACACGGAGAGUGAACCAUAUGAUGAUGAGGAGUUUGAAGGMUAUGAAGAGAAACCAGAUGCAUCUCAUAGCAAAAAUAAAGACCCCAUAACAAUAGUUAAUGUCCCUGCUCACCUUCAAAACAGCUGGGAGAGUUAUUACAUGGAGAUCCUGAUGGUAACAGGUCUUCUGGCUUACAUCAUGAAUUACAUCAUUGGGAAGAACAAAAACAACCGCCUGGCUCAUGCCUGGUUCAACACUCACAGGGAGCUGCURGAAAGUAACUUUGCCCUUGUUGGGGAUGAUGGCACUAAUAAAGAAGCUACAAGCACUGGGAAACUAAAUCAAGAAAAUGAACACAUAUAUAAUUUGUGGUGCUCUGGAAGGGUGUGCUGUGAAGGAAUGCUCAUCCAGUUAAAGUUUCUCAAGAGGCAGGACCUGCUGAAUGUCCUGGCACGCAUGAUGAGGCCAGCGUCGGACCAAGUGCAAAUAAAAGUGACAAUGAAUGAUGAAGAUAUGGACACRUAUGUGUUUGCUGUUGGAACCAGAAAAGCACUGGUGAGACUUCAGAAAGAGAUGCAGGACCUGAGUGAGUUCUGCAGUGAUAAACCUAAGUCUGGUGCAAAAUAUGGGCUUCCAGAUUCGUUGGCUAUCUUGUCAGAGAUGGGAGAGGUCACAGAGGGAAUGAUGGACGCUAAGAUGAUCCAUUUCCUCACACACUACGCUGACAAGAUCGAGUCUGUCCAAUUCUCGGACCAGUUCUCCGGUCCAAAACUUAUGCAAGAGGAGGGCCAGCUUACAAAACUGCCCGAAACUAAAAAGACACUUUUGUUUACAUUUAAUGUGCCUGGGUCAGGCAACACUUCCCCAAAGGACAUGGAGUCUUUGCUGCCUCUGAUGAGCAUGGUUAUCUACUCCAUUGACAAAGCAAAGAAGUUCCGGCUGAACAGAGAAGGUAAACAAAAAGCUGACAAGAACAGGGCUCGGGUGGAAGAGAAYUUCCUGAAGCUGACUCACGUGCAGAGACAGGAGGCUGCCCAGUCCCGCCGGGAGGAGAAGAAACGGGCGGAGAAGGAGCGAAUCAUGAAUGAAGAGGAUCCYGAGAAGCAGCGCCGGCUGGAGGAAGCUGCUCUGCGGCGUGAGCAGAAGAAGCUUGAGAAGAAGCAGAUGAAGAUGAAGCAAAUCAAAGUGAAAGCCAUGUGACUGUGUCCUGAGAAGUGUCUCGGUGCCACCUGUGGAAUUGUAAUUCACAGGGUACAAAGAUCUAUGUAACUCCAUAAUCCUCUGAUUCCUUGAACACUAGUAACCAUUAAGAGAAAAGUUCUUGCAUUGGUGUUACUUAUUUAAGUAUUAAGCAAAAUGUGUGGAGAGCUUUGUCUCGGCAGUUCUGUUCCAGGUGGUACAAAGUUUUGCUACUUGUCUGUUUAAAAAAAAAUUGCAAUAUUCUUGAAUGCUUUUUGUCAUUUGUUCUUUUAAACCAGAAGAUUGUAAACCUGUCCACGUGUGCUGGUAACAUAUUCAUGCUUUGGUUUYAAACUUUGGUUUCAGUUAUUGGGAGGGAAAGGGGAAAAACUUAGGGGGAGGGAAACUGCACAAUAAACAUUUASUGUGCAUUUAUUUUCAUCAAGGCACAACACAGAGCCUUCCAUACACAGUAUGGAUUCUUCAGGGAUUUAAGUCCAGUAGAAUAGAAGUGAUUAUUUUAUCUUCAUUUUUUUUUUUACAAAGGCCUAAAGCAGUAUUAGGUCACCUGUGGGCAUGGUUGGCUUAUGUGUAAAACAGAGAUGGUUAGAACCAAGGAAAUGGAAUAUAUGGACAGUUUCUUACUUGUGUGUUUGGAUGCUGCAAAAUUAACACAGUGUGAAGUCUGUGAUGUCAGCAUAGUGUUCCUUCAGGAGUGAGUGCAUGGUGAGUCAGCAACUCGACCAACUUUCCUUCAAUAUUUUUAACUGUUCAAGUUUGCCUCARCCCCUUCUCUCCUGAUCUCAGCAGCUGCUGCCCAGUUCUCUUCAGCCAGGAGCCAGAUCCAGUGGAGUACCUGCAAUUGCCAAUGUCCCCAAGCCAUUGAAAACGUUUCAGAGGAUAUUUGUCCUCUUYAUCUGGUCAGUGAUCACUUCAGGGUUUUAAGUCUAAAUGGGAAGAAUGAAGUGAAUGCCCUGUGCAAGCACUUCGCUGGGAGAGCUCUGCAUUUUAUAAAUGCUUCCUGUCCAGAAGGCAUUUUAUUGUUGUUUGUAACAGACUUUUAACAGUUUUGUGGGGAAACAAUGUCCUGCAUUUCCUUGUUCAGUACUUUGUGGAAACUUGGUUCUGAGGCAAUAAGAAUUAGCUGCUGUUGAAACAGCAAUUGCUUAAACUCCUUCUUCCAGCAUGGGAUAAUUCACCUUGMUUGAAAUGCAAAUGUCUGUAACCUGAUACAUGCAAAUAUAUUAAUUUUAUAAUGGUUGGUAAAAUUAUUUAAAACCAAAACUAAUGUAGAUUAUGUGAAAUUUUAGCACUAUUUAGCUUUAAAGAUUAAUAUGUUAUUGUUUCACACAGUUCUUUGAAAGGAARUACUAGUUUGUGCUCUUUUGAGUAAGUGGACAGCUUUCCUCAAGUCCCAUCCAGUUGUGGGCCAUGGCAGCUAAUUUUGUAAUAUGAACAUUCAAAUGAACAAUCUAAUGAAGAGUAAAAUAUAAUUGAAACACUCCUA